UUGAAGGCGGAAGUGAUCCUCGAUGCUGAAACCUAACGCGCAUGUGUCGGAGCCUCGGGUGUCAGAGGACCGUAACUAGCUGUCAUCCCAUCUUCUGCCCUUUAUUCGUAUUUUUUCUGUCUGUGUUUGAGGCUGUAAUAUGACACACACGGAGCUUAUUCUGUGUUUCAACCUGCUUCUGCUUCUUCAUGUGGUCGCUCAGAUCAGGACUAAUGUUCAGCGGCAGUGGCCCGUCCCCUACAGACGGUUUGAUCGACGCCCUGAUCCGGAUUCUUACUGUGAAGCUCUCUACCCGUUCUGCCCCACUGGAGACCGGGAUGGACGAAUUCCCUACAUGAGAGACUCUGAUGUAAUCUCUGUUUAUCGGCUACAAACACCCGUGUGGGAAUUCAAGUACGGAGAUUUACUGGGAAAACUUCAUAUCAUGCAUGAUGCUAUUGGGUUCAGCAGUUCAGAGACGGGGGCCAACUACACCAUGGAGUGGUACGAGCUGUUUCAGCUGGGUAACUGCACCUUCCCUCACCUCAGACCCGAGAUGUACGCACCAUUCUGGUGCAACCAGGGAGCUGCCUGCUUCUUUGAAGGCAUCGACGACUUACACUGGUCACAAAAUGGCACCUUGGAGAAAAUAGGAGAAAUAACUGGUAACCAGUUCAAUGACAUGGCUCAGUGGGUCCAAGACGACAACGAGACUGGGAUCUAUUACGAGACAUGGACAGUUCGCUCUGACCCCAGUCCUAACGCCACAGUGUGGUUCGAGUCCUACGACUGCUCCCAGUUUGUCCACCGCACAUACAGGAAGCUGACAGAGCUUGGAGCCAAACUGUCCAGUCGAUCGCAAACCAACUACACCAAGAUCUACCUGUAUAGCGGCGAGCCCACAUACCUCGGCAACGACAGUGCCAUAUUCGGACAGCCCGCUCUGGAGAAUCUGGCAGUGGACAUCCGCAAAUUCUACCACACAUUCAGGCCACACCAGUCGUUUACAGACUUUGCCAUCAGUCUGUUGGAGGCCUAUAAAAAGGUUGUGCUGGACAAGAGCUUCUACCUCUACUACAACUUUGAGUACUGGCUUCUGCCAAUGAAACCUCCCUAUGUGCAGAUUACAUAUGAAGAGGUGCCUUUGCCUUAACAUCCCAUUUGCUUUGCAGUUAUUUCAUUAAUGAUUGAUCAGUUUACUAAUUGAUUAUGCAAAAGCUAAAGCAUUAGCAAUAACUAAAAAGCAGCUAUUUGAGAAGCUGAAACCAGUGAAUGUUUGAUGUUUUUGUUUGGUUAAUUGAGCUUCAAAGUUAAUUUUUGACCCUGGGGAACAGCAGUUGAGAAAACAGUCUCAACAAGUGCCCUCUGCAGUUUUUUUGUUAACAAACAAAAGUUGUGUUAUCAAUCAGUUUCUCACCACAAUGCAUUCCGUGUAUCCCUGAGGCCUAACAAACAUGUUUACUGCAUUUCCUUCCUCAUAAAACAUUUGCAAAGCUCGUGAUUUGAGCAUUUUGUAUUGUGCUUUGUUUACAUCCGUGUUUGUUUGGCUGAAGUCUUCUUCCCUGGUUUUAUUGAUACAUUGCUGCGUUUGCACCCUGAAUUUUAAGCCAACGUCGACAAGAAGUCCUUGUGUGUGAGUUACAUGGAUGUGUCACUAUCACAGUGUAAAUUGUUAUGCGACAUGUUAUGUAUUCAUAUGUGUACAGUUACUAUCGAAUUCUUUUUCCCUGUUAUAUUUUGCAACUCAGAGUUUUUGCAAUAUAUAAUUUUUUACUCCUU